AUGACGUCCCAGGCUUGGCUCCGUGAUCUAUGCGCCGCCGUACGCGCCGCAGAUACCAGCGUUGACACAGAUAUUGCGAUUCACGAGCAAGCACUACCCCCGAAAAGAGACCCAUGGUAUCAACCACCUCAAGGCUGGGAGUCCAAGCAACCCGGUGACGUUCUUCGGAUUUCUUCAGCACCAGCCCUCUUGAAAGCCGCGACAAGCUCUUCGUCAGUUUACCACAUCUUGUAUCGAUCCUCAGACUCCAAGGGCGAGCCAUCAUGGGCUGUCACUACACUUUUCAUUCCCUCGUCUAUUUAUCAUUCCCCAUCCGGCAAGAUGGCAGUCUUGUCCUACCAGCACGCCUACAACUCAUCCAACUUGAACUCAAGCCCAUCUUAUGAUUUCACCAGGGGCAUGGCGAGAGAUGUACCAAACCUUGGCAUAAAGUCGACUACAUCGUUGAUUGACGAAAUGGUUUCAUUCGGAUGGGUUGUCAGUAUUCCGGAUCACUUGGGACCCUCUUCUGCGUUUGGCGCAAGUGUUCAGGGCGGCCAUGCCACUCUUGACGGUAUCCGAGCAGUCCAUCACUUGCUGGAUCUUGAAACUUCUUCUCGAUAUAACACUACCAUGUGGGGCUACAGCGGUGGCUCAAUCGCCACUUUCGCUGCAGCAGAGCUUCAGUCAAAGUAUGCCCCAGAAGUGAAGAUUGACGGAGCCGUACUGGGUGGCCUUGUUGACAAUUUUGCGGGCGACUUCGACAAGGUGAAUAAGAGCCCGAUUGCUGGUUCGUUGGUAUCAAUUCUCUUGGGCAUCACGUCCCAAUACCCGGAGGCACGGAAAUAUCUGGAAAGCCGUCUCGUCCCAGCUACGAAGGAUGAAUUCAUGUCCGUCCUAGAUAUGGAAAACAGCGAGACAAUGAAGCACUUCUUUGGACGGGACAUCUACCCCUUCUUUCAAGGUGGCGUUGCAGAUAUCAGAGUGCCUCAAUUGCAGAGACUCUACGAUGAACAGGCAAAACUGGGGUCUGAAAGAGUUCCAUCCAUGCCCAUGUUUGUGUACAAGGCUAUAGAUGAUGAGUUCUGUCCGACUGAGUGGACAGAUGCAACUGUCGACAGGCUCUGUAGUGCUGGCGCUGAGAUCACAUAUGAGAGGAACACUGUCGGAGGCCACGUUUCUGAACUAGAGAACGGGAAACCAGGAGCAUUGCGAUUUCUUUGGAGUAUCUUUGAUGGGUCGUAUGUGUCGCCUGCUGGAAAGCGGAACGUUUCGGAUGUAGCAGUGGAUGUUUCUGGAUAG